UUGCCAUCAUCUGUUUUUGUCAUCUGUGGAGUGCACCUUACAGAUUUGUUAUAAAAAGCUUGAUAUUAACGUACAAAAACAUUCUUUACAGUUUAGGAACGGCUUAAAGAUUUAGUGUGUUAGUCUUUUUUAACACCAGCAUAAAACUAAGAUGUUGGCCAACUUCUGGUUCCAAAUACUGCAUGUUACCUCACGAUAAUGUUGGAAAUAACUGCAGAUUAAAUUAUGAUACUUAACAGCAGUGAAAGAGAAACAUGUCAUUCCUGAUUCACUUUAUUUUUUUUAUUUUAUUUUUUUUGUCUGUCCAUACCAGUACUGAAACACGCAUGCAUGAAUUCUAUAAUGUCUCAUAUCAGUUAUGUCCUCAUAAUCUACUAUAGGGUUCAAGCAAAACUACAAACCCAGCUCUACAGUAGCUCAGUAUUAAAUUUCAAUUUUGUGAAGCUCAGUUUUUUUUUUUUAUUAUUAAAAAGUUGAUUAAAACAUUACUUUCAUUUGACUUUCCUCUUACCACAGUAUUGCAGCUUAUCAGCUGUAUGCAACUUUAUCAGCCAUUCAGUGGUUUAGAGGUUUAUCCCUGUGCAAAUCUCAAAUAGUAAAUGACUCAGUUUGCACCUGUGAUUUACAGUAGCAUGUACUUCAGUUGCUAGUGCAUCCAUUCCUGCAAAAUAUGUAUUGUACAAGUUUCAAAAUGUUAUGACAAAAGAAAAACGUCUUUAGCAAGGAGCAGUGGUCACAAGAAGACCCUCACCAGCACUGACUGAUACCUAAUAUUGGAUUGCUAAACAGCACAGACUACGAUAUAAGAGUAACAGUAAAUCAACAUGUGACUGUCUCAAGAGAAACUGCUUUGCUAGAUUGAUGUUUACCGCAGUGCUAGUUUGUAUUGCUGGGUGGUUUUGUGUGUUCAUUAAUUUUUUUUUAUUUUUUUUUUUAAUAUGUACAGAAUGUUUUACAUACUCAUCAGCCAGGGUCAUCUCUACUAAUGCUAUGUUGGAGAUUGCUCCACUGGAAGCAAUCUCUGAGAGUGAACCUGAUUGUGUAAAGUUGUAGAUAACAGGUGCACAAUACUGAGUGUAGUGCACACAUGGAUCAAAAAAUGGGGGUACAGGAAGUACUUAGGAGGUAUUUAGUGUGGCACAAGAUUUUCCUCUGCCCAUAUCACUUACUGCUUUGUAUUUGUUUUUGUUGUCUGUAGCCCAUCCAUAUCAGCCUUAAAACCCACUCAGCUGGCAUGACAGGUCAGUUAAACCCAUUACCCAAACGUUUGACAUCCAGUUUUGAGUGCCUGCAUCUAUGCUGUCAUGGUUUACAUCACCGACUUCCCUCAGGAACUUCAUUAGUGUCUUGUGAUGGCAUUCAAGAUGACUGGGAUCAAGUAUCUAGCUUGUCUGUGGACUCUGCUCAUCACACAGACUGGAUGUGUAUGCAGUGACAUUCAGUUCUUGGAGAGGCAUGAGGGGGAGUCCGUUGUUCUUCCCUGCGCGGUUGAGCAGAGAAACCCGGCGCCCUUCAGUGUCUACCUGAAGCGCAACUGGCUGAAUCCCGGUGAAGUGCUGUUCAUGUACACCAAAAAGGAGUUCAGUGUGGGUAAUGAUGACGACAAGAACCGCACCAGCGUCAGCGGAGACCCGAGCAGCCACUCUCUGAAUGUGACCAUCUCUCAGCUGAGGGUCAGUGACACAGACCGCUACUACUGUGAGUUUCUUGUGGAAAACCGUUUCUCUGAAGACGAACAGCUGCGUGGAAAGACUGAAUUCUUCCUCCUUGUUGGUGCCGACGCCCCUGGGACGGUGAACAUAGGGUUGGUAGAGACGUGCGCUGGGGGCUCGGUCGUGCUCCCCUGUCUCCCCCCGCACGGGGAGGGCUUGGCCGUGGAGGGGGUGAGUCUGAAGCGGCAGAGGGACCGGGAACCUGUGGAGCUGUUGUACCACUCAAAGCGUCACCACAGCAGCCGCCAUCAGUCCUCUUCCCAGUUCCCAGUUGAGAAGGUCCAGUUGUCCUCGGCGCCCGGCCCCGGCGGCAUCACCUACAACCUCACCCUGCAGCAGCUGCAGCCAGACGACAGCGCCCUGUACAGCUGCCAGCUGCUUCAGCGGGGCAGGCCCGAGAGCGCCACCAGUCUAGGGAGACAAGUAUUCUUUGUUUCUGUGCAAGGAGGUCGGUGUGGCUGCUCCAGCUACUCUACUCUGCUAUAUGCUUUGUCCUCAGCCGUGGCCGUUCUCUUCCUCCUGCUCCUCCUCGGAUUUCUGGUGAUUUAUCGCGGCAAAGCACGCCGCAGUGUCAAGUCACACCCUCAGGCCCCUAUCUAUGAGGAGAUGACCGGAGUGAAGCCUCUCAGUCAAAAACUGGCCCCUUGCCAUCUGGAGGAAAUGGAGUGCUCUGAGUAUGGAAACUGCCCUGCGAAGAAAUCCUGUCCUCAAAACCAUUAUGAAAGCCCCAGUGGGGCCCUCUGCCCCAGGAGUGUGUCUCAGAAAUGAAAUAUGAGGCCUUCUCACCAACAUCAUGAACUAGACCAACUUAACAACUCAGCUGCCUGAAACUCACUGGACUCCAGUUAGCACCAGAAGUUUCUUCAACAGAUUUUAACAGCAAAAAGUCUCCUAAUACAGUUUCUUUUUAUAAUUUCAUGUAUAUGAGUCUGUUGAUAGUUUGAAAGAGUGUUUAUACUGGGGCAUUACCUUUCUUAAUGUUGGCUGCCAAUGGGGUGGAUGACGUGUGAAAAUCUCCCUUCACAUUUAUAUCCCAAUGUUGAUAUGUAAUACAUUUUCUGAAAAACAGAAAAGGUCCCCUGUGGAGUAUUUUAGCAAACAGACAUUAUUUAGCCACUGGAAGUGGUUUGGACCAAACAACAGAAACACUGGUCACAGUACAGUUCAACAGCACCGCAAACUACCUCCCCUAAAAUGUCCAUUAAGUUGAAUCAACACCUCUCUAAAACAGUUUUCAACAAAAACUGAACAUUAUAUCAUUCAUGAAGGCAGGAUUAGAACUCAAUUAGUUUUAGAAAGGUGUACCUAAUAAAUAGAAAGAAAGUAUACAUUGUUUAAA